ACAAACAAGGCACUGGGUCCUCCCUUUAAAUCUGUCUGGACAAAUAAUUUUCUUUUCUUUAUUAUUUAUUACUGGAAUUAAUUGUUAAGGGGCAUGGGGACUCAUGGCAUAAACGUGGAAGGUCAUCUGGUUGCUCUGAGUCAUACAUUUAAGAUUUGCAAUGAUGUUUUAUUCCUGAUGGAGAUUCUAUCUGUUGACGAAGUUAAACAUAUAUUAGUGAGAAGAAAAAGUCAACUAACAUGGCACCAGCAGCUAGACAUUACUUCAAAAUACAUGGUAACGCAUCUAAAACCCGAUAUCCUCUACAAGGGGAAACAUAACAUACCAAUCUUCCAUGCAACUCGGAAAUCAGAACUAAUUUUUGUUGAAACUGAUGAAGUUCCCAAGCUCCGUAACAUGUGUAAUGACCAGAGCCUUAUAUCCUAUAAGGGGACUGUGACUUCAGUGCUUGAUGAAGACAUUGGCAUAUAUCAAGUUGAUGGCCGCACCCAGCUGGUUAUAUCUUACAUCCAUGACAUCACAGGAGAAAUAUGGAAUAUGUCAGAAGAUUCAAAAGACUUGGAACUUUUUAGCAGCAGAGCAUCUGAGAAAGAGAGGUACAGGUUCUUAAAGGCUGGAGAUAAGGUUAUGAUUUUCCAUGCCCACUUUACCAAGAUGGAUGGCACACCAACUUUGUCCUGUUGUGGCAGGAGUUUAGUGAUGAAGGAAAGGCAAUCCCUCGUCAGUCCAGUAGGCAACAGAAGCCCUAAUGCAACCUUAGAUAUGCUACAUUACUAUAAUUUUGGCAUUCGUGGUUUGAAGUGGUUGGCUGAAGUGAGAGACCAUCUUGUUUCUGUACUUUGUCCUGGUAUUAUGGAGAGGAAACAUAUCUUAAGGAGAAAGCAUAAUGGAGAGCGAAGUGUCCUGACUCAACUUCUACGACUAGUUGCAGAUCGCCAACUGAUAUCUGCAAAUUCCCGUUCACUAACAUUAGAGUUUUUAUCUCUCACUCAUCAGUGUGUUUUGAACAAGGACUUUGAAGCCCCAUUUACGCUCUUGAGUGUAUUGGACUUGGAGUCCUCUGCCAACAUGGAUGAAUGUGAUAAUGAAGAGAAGCAAAAAGUUUGGUCUUAUAACAUUGAUCAUCAUGAGCCUUCAAGAGCUGUCAUAGGUAUGCUGCAGCUUGGGCAAAAUGGAGUCCUGCAGCUGAGAGAUCAGCAUGCAGACAUAGAUCUUGUGGUUGUCGGGAACAAGGAAGAUUUGUUAGAAAAAGUUGGGGCAAUAGUUGUUCUGUUUAAUGCCCAGUAUGUGCAGGAGACCUUUAAUAUCAUUGCUGAAGGGAGUGAAGAUAAUCACAUAAAGAAAUAUGUGAUUGUCAGAAAUGCUGAUAUGUUGGUGCUCAGACUUUGUGACAGGGAAGAGAAAAUGGAAGGAAUGGAGACUAGCGUGGACACUUAUUAUGACAUAAAGAUACUUUCAAAAUCAAAUAUGAUCUGUAACCAACAUCAGGGAAGAAAACUUUACAAAGAGAACUUUCAUGUAGACAUGUUCUUCAUGGCCCAGGCUGUGAUCCAGAAGCUGAAUCAGAAAGAUUCCCAGGAAGAGAGAUGGAAAACAUUUGUGAAAUUUCAUGGGCACAAUGCAUUAUACCAUCCAUGUCUUGAAGAUGGUAUUUGUUACAAAGUUAGAAUACCAGCAGCGACUGUCUGUGACACAAAGAUGAGGAAACAGUACUCAAAUGCAUGGUUGCAGCCUCUUAAAUCAUAUUUUGGAACAUGUGAAUGUAUUUAUCUCCCAGAGGAAUCAUAUAUUGAAGGAGCUGUACCAGGAACAAAGCAUUUGAAUGAGACUAGUGUCUGCCAGGUUCUAGACUCUUCAUAUGGAGAAUGUGGACCACUAUCUGUCAAGGCAGUUAUCAAAGAUAGACAGCACAUGACUCCAAAAUUCCCUUCUGAGCUUAAGUUAAGCAGUGGAGCUUCGUCCAGUAGAUAUCAUGUAGGUGUUCCUGGAAACAAGAUAAUAAGGGUCCUGUUAUGUGACUGUGAAAAUCCAGAUGAGGAAAUAUGGCUUUAUCUUGGUAGUACCUCUAAUUAUCAUAUCCCACAGUAUUCACUUGGUAUAAUACCAGGAGUAACUAUCAUUGCAUCUUGUGUUCUUAGGAAUGUUUCCAAGCAGAACAAGAAGAUUUAUCUCCAAAGUACUGUGUUCACAUGUCUGACACCAAUAUCUAAGGCUGUACCAGACCUGUCCUCAUUUCUGCCUUCCAUUCACAACCCAAAACGCCGCUACUUGAAGGAUAUAUUAGGACAACCGGGUUCAUCAUUUCAGACCUUUGCAACCAUAGGGCGCAUAUGCAAAGUCUCCUUCUGCUGUGUCUGCAAUUUCUGCAAUGCCGAGAUGGUUGGUUCAUCGUGCACAUAUGUUGGCUGCCAUGCCCAAGGCUCAGGGAAGGUGGUGGCUAGUGCUCAGGUGGUCAUUGAUGAUGGCACAGGAACUGCCAUGGUGUUCAUGAGUUCUGUUGAACAUGUAAAAGUUCUCCUGCAAUUAAAACCUCAUCAGUAUUCCCUACUGUCCCAAGAGAUAGUGUCAGGCUCCCACAGCCUGAGCUAUACAUCCAGAUUCAAGGACACUGAUGCUGAUGGUAUGUUGCAUCCUUCAGAAUCUGGCCUCACAAAAGCCAUGGGGACAAUAUGUUCUUCCAAUCAGUUGCUAAGGCCAGUAAACAUGGUAUGUAGAAUGUUCAAGCACCAGAUGCAGAAGGAUGGGCAAGAUGGAGAUAGAAUCCAUUUGUAUUGUGUGGCCAUUUCUGAGAUCAAACCAAACAUAAACUGUGAGGAACUUUUAAAGGAUGUAAUGUAGUUUUAUUUGACUGAAUGGUGUGUAGAUGAUUCUGUUAUAACUAUUUAUUCAUUACUAUUUUCAUUAAUAAUAUCAUCACAUUCUUUUCAUUCAUAGAUAUUUUGUUUUAGAGGAGUUAUACACUUUAUGCAUUAUUAUUUCCAGUUUCUUAAUGUCAUCGAAAUUGUAAUGUUUUUCUUUUCUUAUAACAGUUGCUUUUACAAUUAGCCAACAUUACAAUUGCUUGUUAAUAUAAGGAAUUGAGAUUAAUCUGUGAUAUAGAGGAUUAUCAGCCAUAUUCUAGGUUGUACACACCAAGCCCACAUUCCACAUAAGUCCUUUGCACAAGCAGUGUGGGGUAGCCUCCUCCUCAAUUUGACCAGGGCUGCCUACUUUAAAGAAGGUCAGAUCUGUUGUGACAUUUGGUUACUUUCACUUGGUUAUUUGAUCACAAGAAACCAUUAAUACUGUGAUACUUAAUUCCACUCACCGAGGACAAUAAUGUUAGGAUCAUUUACCAACUAUCAACAACACUGCUUUUUAAAACAGUCUGAAGUUUAAAUGCCAUAACAAUGCAUUUUGUCAAAUCAGUCAAGGUAGGAUAUCACUUUUAUGUUAAGCCACUGCAGCAUGAGCACCCAAGAAUGCAGUUAUGAGUGCAGGAAAAGCUUAUUAUAUGGAGGAUAUCAUAUUAAAAUUGUUGUUGGCAACUGUAGUCUUCUGAAUACAGUACUUCUGUUCACAAUUAGUGAUUUCAAAAUAUAGAUGAAAUAGAGUUUGUAGUAAACAGACCUAGUUGAAAAUUAUAUGAAAUUUAAGUCAGACAACUGUAUGAACUUGAUACUGAAAAAGGUGAUUCCAUGAAUGUUUGGCCAAACUUUGUACUUACUAUUGAUUUCAUGAAAUAUGUUAGUUUUAUAUAUAUUUUUUAUCCCUGACACCAGUGUUAGGUAGUCACUCUUACAGUACAAUCAUUGCCAGUCUCCAGGUGAUACUUUAUUAUAGAAAAGACAUCAUGGCAUAGAUCUAGUAGGGUCAGGGUGUGGUAUUAGUGUGUACAUCCUAGAAUAUGACUAUUUGUAUUUAGGUUACAUUUUAUGAAAAGGCAGUUAUUUUAUUGAGUAGAUUUUUAUAUAUUCUAAUACCAUUUUACUGUAUUUUUAAGAAUUUUCCUUUUGUGCCAGAAGCAACAACUUGAAAGCAACAACUAAAAGUACUGCUGACAUUUAGUUGCACAAUCUGAUUAUUACCAUUGUUUGUGCUUUUUGU